AUGUCCAAAAUCGAGAAACUCUCCAUCCUGGGAGUGCGCUCCUUCGGGCCGCACCACCCUGAGACCAUCGCGUUCAACACUCCACUCACCCUGAUUGUUGGUUAUAACGGCUCUGGUAAAACGACUGUCAUUGAAUGCCUGAAAUAUGCCACUACCGGCGAGCUGCCCCCAAACAGCACCAGAAAUGGCGCAUUCAUUCACGAUCCGGACUUGGUCGGCGAGAAGGAGGUGCGCGCCCAGGUGAAGCUCUCGUUCCGCUCAACGAUCGGCGAGUCCUACGUCGUCACCCGCAACAUCCAGCUGUUGGUGCAGCGCAACAACAAGAGAACUCAAAAGACUUUGGAGGGCAGUCUGCUGCUUCGAAAUAAUGGAGAGCGUACCGUUAUCUCUACCCGUGUGGCCGAGCUGGACAAGCUGGUCUCGGAGAAGCUAGGAGUCCCUCCUGCUAUCCUCGAUGCCGUCAUUUUCUGCCAUCAGGACGACUCAUUGUGGCCCAUGAGCGAGCCGGCUGCGCUGAAGAAGAGAUUCGAUGAGAUCUUUGAGGCCCAGAAAUACACCAAGGUCAUUGAGAAUAUCCGUUUGCUCAAGAAGAAGAAGGGCGACGAACUCAAGAUUCUCAAGGAGCGCGAGGUGCAAGAUAAGGCGAACAAGGAGAGGGCCGAGAAGGUCGAUCGCCUGAUGGCCCAGCUGACUCGGGAAAUCCUGGAAGCGCGCGAGAAGUGUAACGAGCUCUCGAAGCAGAUGGAGGAGGAGUCAGCCAAAAUCAAGGACAAGUACGAGCAGGCGAACAGCUUCCUCAAGAUCAUGAACGACCUGCAAACCAAGACCGAGAAGCUCGAGUACAAGAAGGAUGCCAUCGUGGAACUACGCAGCCGCAUCGAAGAGCUCCCCGAUCCUGACGAGGUCCUGCGCAAUACCCUCGACGAGUAUGAGCAGACCAUCAACCGGAUCGUGGCUGAUCGCGACCACAAGGCUGCCCAGUUCCAUGACCUGCAGGCCGAGCUCAAGUCGGCACGGGAUCAGCACACUGCCAAGGCCGCUGAGCAGGGCAAGCACCAGUCGGACAAGGAGAAGUACGAGCGGCAGUUGGUCGCGCGCGAGCGCAUGAUCCGUGAAGCGGCUGAGCGCCAUGAGAUCCGCGGCUACAAUGGCGAUCUGGACGAUCGAAGGAUUGCUAUCUUCAACGAGCGCAUUCAGAAGAUCUUGAAUGAUAAAAGGCGUGAGUUAGAGCGCCUGCAGCGGGAGAACCAGGAGGAGUUGGAUAGGAAGACCGCGGUGAUCGCGGAGCGUGAGAGCCGCAAGCAGUCAGUUAUCCGGGAUCGCAAGGCUGCGAAAGAUCGCAUCAUCUCUCUUGGGAAGGAUAUGGCUAGCAUCCAGGGAGAGUUAUCCAGCAUAGAUAUUGACGAAGGCACGGAGGAGAUGCUUCGCGCUGAGAUGAAGGAGCUGCAGGCACGGAUUGAGGCAGCUAAGGCUGAUGAGCAAAAUGCCAACCUAGACGCACAGAUCAAGGAGGUCAACGAGGAGAUUUGGAAGUUGGAGUCGCUCUCGGCCAAGCUAGCUCGGGAGUUGGUUGAGUGCACCAGGUUAGCGUCGGAAAGGGCUCAGCUGGAUUUGCGCAGGAAGCAACUAGCAGAGCGUAAGAGGGAGCUGGAGAUCAUGACAAACACGUGGAAUGAGCAGUUUUCGACUUUGCUGGGAGAGGGCUGGCGUCCAGAGACCCUUGAGCGCGACUUCAGUGAUGUUCUUAAGCAACAGCAGCUGCUCGUGGGUGAGCACCGGAAGAAGAAAGAUGCCACACAACAGGAACUCAAGCAGGCUGAGUACCAGCUCUCGAAUGCCAGGAAUCUCCACAACAAGCUUACCAACGAGAUGGAGGCCUGCAUGAGAGCUGUCCAGACGGCGAUGAAGGAAGCAAGAGACCUUGACUCUGCACCACCUGUCGAUGAGUACAUCACUAUGCUGGAAACCGACGAAAAAGAGCUGGCUGAGGUUGAGACAGCGCUCAAGUUGUACGAUGAGUUAAAGAAGCACUAUUCGACUAUCAAAGAUAGGGCUCUGCGCUUCAACAAGUGCUACAUUUGCGACCGGGACUUCACCAACCAAGAAGCGGCCAAGACUAGGUUGUUGGAGAAGGUGGCCAAGCGGCUCGGGGAUGAAGAGAAGAAAGAGUUGCUUGAAGACCAAGCAGCCUUCAUGAAAUCUCUGGAUAUUCUUAGGGCAGUCCGUGUCAAAUAUGAUACGUACCAGCGCCUGAGCAGCGAACUCCCACAGCUGAGCCGGGAAAUCGACUCAGAGACAAAUAGACGGGAGGACCUUGUCCGCCGUUUAGAGGAUCAGGACCUGGCCUUCCGCGAGGCCGAUAACAAGCUGCAGGAGAUGGAGACGCUUAACAAGCAUGUCAUGAAGAUUACGCAGCUGCUCAAGGAUAUCAGUGAUGCGGAGAAGCAGGUCGAGAGGUCGCAGCAGUUGUCGAAUAUCGAGACGCGCAGUGCCGACGAGAUCAACGAGGAACAGACAACAUGCGCUGAGCAAACUCGAGCGGCCCAGGCGAAGCUCACCAAGCUGACAGCUGAGAAGCAGCGCCUAAAGGACCUGGUCCGCCAGCUCGAGGUCGAGCGCUUGCAGUUGGAAAACAAGAUCAGCAGUGCCGUCCAGCAGCUCGAGCGGAAGAAGCGGCUGCAGGAGUCCAUCGCCCGGCACAAGGAGGACCAGAACCAAGCACGUAACGCCGUGCAGGAGGCCGACGAGGAGCUGGAGCGUCUGGAGCCUGAGAUUGCCGGUGCCCGGGCUGCACUCGACGAAGCUCGUCAGGCCUGCCGGGCUAAGGAGCAGAAGGUCGCUGCAGAGCGCGAUGCCAUCGCGCAAACGGUCAGCGAGCUCAACAUGAUCAACAGCGAGAUUCAAGAGUAUCUCGACCGGGGCGGGCCCUCAAGCCUCGCAGCCAACCAGCGGGCCAUUGCCAAUUUGGAGACCCAGAUGGCCAACCUGGAGGGCGAAAUGCGCGAGCUGACGGUGCAGAUCAACAAGCUCAACAAGGAGAUCGACAACAGCGACGCCAAGAAACGCAACAUUGCCGACAAUCUGACAUACCGCAAGAACCUGCGGGAAAAAGAUGCGCUGGAGCGUGAGAUUGCCGAGCUUGAGGCACGCAACGCCCAGGAGGAUUAUGACCGGCUGAUCAAGGAGGCUCACUACCUCGAAGCCCACCGCAGCAAGCUCAACGCGGACCGCGAGCGCCUUAUGGGCAUGAUGUCGACCAAAGACGAGGAGUUCCGCCGCCUAAAUGAAGAAUACGAACUCGACCUGAAGGACGCCAAAGCCAAGUACAAAGAAACGCACAUCAAAGUUGAGACAACCAAAGCAGCCAUUGAGGACCUCGGCCGCGGCAUGGCUGCCGUCGACCACGCCAUCAUGCAGUACCACAGCAAGAUGAUGGAGCAGAUCAACCGGACGAUUGCUGAGCUCUGGCAGAGCACAUACCAGGGCACCGAUAUCGAUACCAUCCAGAUCCGGUCAGACGUGGAGAGCACGACCUCCUCAGACAGCGGGACAAGAAGGAACUAUAACUACCGCGUGUCGAUGGUCAAGGGCGAUACGGAAAUGGACAUGCGUGGGCGAUGCUCAGCCGGUCAGAAAGUCCUCGCCAGUAUCAUCAUCCGGCUUGCGCUGGCGGAGUCCUUUUGCGCGAACUGUGGUCUCAUCGCGCUUGACGAGCCGACGACUAACCUGGAUAGCGAUAACAUCCGGAGUCUGGCGGAGUCCUUGCACGGAAUUAUUAAGGCACGCCAGGCGCAGGGGAAUCUGCAGCUGAUUGUGAUUACGCACGACGAGGAGUUCCUGAAGUACAUGCAGUGUAGCGAUUUCUGUGACGAUUUCUAUCGGGUGAAGAGAGAUGAAAAGCAGAACAGUGUUAUUGUUAGGGAGAGCAUUACGAGGAUUACGGAGUAG